CAGCGCAGAGAGGAACGAGAGACGUCGCGCUGCCGCUCUCUGCGAAACGAGGUGGGGGCAGCAGAACAGAAGUGCUACGUCCUGGCUGUCGAUCAUACGCGAUUUACAGGCAGUAAUGAAGUGACAGACAGACAAAAACUUAAUGUCAAACAAAUGGUGUCUAAAUAGAAUAUGGCGCCGUCGGGCUCGCGUAGUAUCAAACGGAGCUGUCAGACAGUUUUGUAUUGGAUUCCAGUUAUUUUUAUCACCCUCAUAGUGGCUUGGUCUUACUACGCGUAUGUUGUACAGCUCUGCAUAGAAUCGAUCGACAACAUUGGACAGAAGAUUGUUUAUCUGCUGGCCUAUCAUGUUGCCUUCAUCUUGUUUACCUGGGCCUACUGGCAGACCAUCUUCACCAAGCCCAUGAACCCCCUGAAAGAGUUCCACCUGUCCUACUCAGACAAGGAGCUGUUGGAGCGCGAGGACCGUGGAGAGUCUCAGCAGGAGAUUCUUAGAAGGAUAGCCAAGGAUUUACCCAUCUACACCCGCACCAUGUCUGGAGCUAUUCGUUUCUGUGAUCGCUGCCAGCUGGUCAAGCCUGAUCGAUGUCACCAUUGCUCAGUCUGUGAUAAAUGCAUCCUAAAGAUGGAUCACCAUUGCCCCUGGGUGAAUAACUGUGUGGGCUUCUCCAACUAUAAGUUUUUCAUGCUGUUCCUGGCAUACUCCUUAUUAUAUUGCAUUUUCAUCACUGCUACAGAUCUACAGUACUUCAUUAAAUUCUGGACCGCUGAAGGUAGAACACACGACCGUCUGUUAGAAUACCUGAAUGGUCUGCCUGACACCCAGGCUAAGUUCCACAUCAUGUUCCUGUUCUUCGCUGCUUCCAUGUUCUCUGUCAGUCUGGCCUCACUGUUCGUCUACCACUGCUGGCUGGUCUGCAAGAACAGAUCCACUCUGGAGGCGGUCCGCGCGCCAGCGUUCCGUCAUGGGGCAGAUAAGAAUGGCUUCAGUCUGGGCCUCGGUAAGAACUUCCGCCAGGUCUUCGGUGAUGAAAUGAGAUACUGGCCAUUUCCUGUGUACUCCAGUCUGGGUGAUGGGUGCUCCUUCCCAACCUGUCUGGUGAACCAGGAUCCUGAGCAGCCCACCUCUCCUGGACACAACCCCCCUCCCAACAAGACUGUUGUUGGAGAGAGCCACCAGUUCCCAGUCAAACCACUGAGGGAGUCCCAAAGUCGACUGCUGAACAGCGCUCCCUCCUGGACAGAGAAUGGGGGAGCAGAGGACAAAGAGAGACGGGGCACAAGUAACCCAGCAAUGGCCAUAGAGAAUGAAACAUAACCCCGGCGAGGAAUGACGACUUCCACGUGGAAUCAUAGGUCUAUGCUGAUCCCAGUGUUCAGCGUGCCUAUGAGAAUGUGCAGUUGUGAUAUCACCAUAACCAGUCAUCUUUCUUACCAUAACACACUGCUUUAGUUAAUUGCUGCUUA